GGCUGAGGCGGGUCGUCGGCGAUGCGAAAGCUAAGGUGUAUCUCAAGCUCGAGAUGCAGAACCCGGGCGGCUCGGUCAAGGCCUGGAUCGCACUCUCGAUGAUCGAAGAGGCGGAGAAGCGCGGCGAUAUCGACCCGGCGCGCACCACCAUUGUCGAGGCCACGUCUGGCAACACCGGCAUCGGGCUGGCGAUGGUGGCGGCCGCCAAGGGCUACAAGUGCAUCAUCGUGAUGCCGCAGGUCCCGAGCAUGUACGAGCGCUACAUCCUCGUACGCAAGUUUGGGUGCGACGUGCACCUCACGUCGGUGAUGCAGGACAACUUCCCGAAGACGAUCGAGAACCUGAUUGGGUACUCGACCGAGCUCGUCAAGAAGAACCCCGACUACUGGACCCCCUCGCAGUUCGACUCGGAAGACAACCCGCUCGCGCACCUGACUGGCACCGGCCCGGAGAUCUGGGAGCAGACCGACGGCGAGGUGGACUGCUUCGUGGCGGGCGCGGGGACGGGAGGCACGCUCAACGGGGCGGGCCAGUACCUCAAGUCGAAGAAGCCCUCGUGCCGUGUCGUCUGCGUCGAGCCCACCGAGGCGCGUGUGCUGGUCGGCGCGCCGGGAGGCAUGCACGGCGUCGUCGGCAUCGGGGCCAACCUGCAGCUGCCGCUCAUCGAGAAGCUGGCGCCCGGCCAGGAGUGGGCCGAGGGGCCGCGGGGCGCAAUCGACGAGUUUGCGCACGCGUCGACGCCAGAGUCAUGCGAGUGGGCCAACCGCGUCGCCGCGCAGGAGGGCCUGCUGGUCGGCCCGUCGAGCGGCGCGGCGAUCAAGGUUGGGGUCGACAUCGCCCACCGGCCGGAGAUGGCGGGCAAGACGGUCGUCGUGCUGCAGGCGUCGUCUGCGAUCCGGUACGUGAGCCACCCGAUGUGGGAGGGGCAGAAGGUCGAGGGCAAGGAGGCGCUCCCCAUCCCGCCCGACCUCGAGACGGAGCACCCGGUCUGCCGCUGGAGGUCGGAGGACUACGUGCCGCCGCCAAAGGACUGAAGCCGCCUGUCGGCGCAGUCGAGGGGGGCGCACGCGUUUGCAGAAGGGCGCGAGGCGGCAUGCGCUGCGGCGGGCCUUGCUCACAUCUCCUUCCGGUGCCGCGGCAUCUGAGAGUACGGUCGUAGGGGGCGGCAGUGGGAGAGGAGGGCAAAUGCCAAAUCGCGCGGGCGACCGCAUUCGGGAGAGUACGUGUUUGCUAUAUUAGCCUCCCGUCGGGGCCGGACUG